AAAACUUAGAACAACUACAAAAUGUAGAUUCAAAUCUUGUAAAAGACAACUUAUUGUAGCAAAUUCAGUCAAAAGCAUAUUUUUGCAGAAGCAAGUCUGAGUCUGAUCAAAGAUUUUUGAGUUCUCAAAUGUCUCAGCUUCACCUUCACCUUCAGCUUUAUCGUCACUAUCUCUCCCUCCCCCAUUCUUCUUCUCUUAGUUCCAAAUUACCGUCUUUACAUCGUUGCCAUGUAGCUUCUUCGCCAACCAACUCUCGCCUCUCUAUCAACUCAACUAAUUCCAUCGUCUUGCGUCCUCUCACCGUCGUCAGAUCUCGCUCCAGCGAAACCGACAUCACACCACAAUUUGAAUUGGAGAAACCACAAAAGCAAGCAAAUGGCAUAUUUUUGAUCAUUCUUAUCAAUCUUGCCAUAUUUAUGGCUCAACACUUCUUUCAGGUUCGCGGGAUCAAAUCUAUGUAUUUGUAUAGCGAUUUUCCGGCAUGGUACCAGUUUGUGACUGCAACAUUCUGUCAUGCUAACUGGAACCAUCUCUCCAGCAAUCUUUUUCUCUUGUACAUCUUUGGAAAGAUUGUUGAAGAAGAGAAAGGAAACUUUGGUUUGUGGUUGUCCUACUUGUUCACUGGUGUUGGAGCUAACCUGGUUUCUUGGUUCACUUUACCGCCGAAUUCAGUUUCUGCUGGAGCCUCGGGAGCUGUUUUCGGGUUAUUUGUGAUCAGUGUCCGUGUCAAGAUGUCUCCGGGUUGGAGGAAAUUUCUUGAAUUUCUUAUAUUGGGUCAGUUUGUUAUGAAGAGGGUAUUUGAAGCAGCUCAGACUUCAACUGGAUUAUUAGAAACUAAAUUUUGUGGAUAUAUAUUUGGUGGCAAUGAAUUCUUGACAAUUAUUCAAACUGUUAGACCCGUUGCGCAGUUCUCGGGUGCUCUUCUUGGUGUUCUCUUAGUUUGGCUUCUCAGCAAAUUUCCCUUAGAACCUGUGGAUCAAGAAGUUAUACAAUCCCUCCAAAAGUGAGGCAAUAAUUGAAUGCAAACACAGACUCUAAACCUAUCUGUGUGUUAGUGUGUGUUGAUUCCUUGAAGCAGAAUUGAGUCACUAGUUUUUCUAUGUUUACUGCUUAUUAAGAGGUCUUUUUUUUCUUUCCAAAUCUAUGAGUCUGCAGUUAUUGAAAAUAGCAACUGUACAAUACUUUUUUUUUAUAUACAAGAACAUUCUGCUGUAA